AGCCUGUAGUUUCGAUUUGCUAUUUCCGUUUCAUGAAGUACACACGGACUAGCACUCUGCGCGGUCCUCGUGUAAAAAUGAUUGUAAUUUAAUGUUCUUAUUGUCAUCUCAUGUUUUGAAACCCAUUCGCUCAUCUGCCUUAAAGUAGUGGAUUUGGCAAAGCGUUCGACACAUGAUUUAAGUAAGUUGUAAGAACAUGGAGCUGCAAAUCCAACUACUUGAGGCAGAUCGAGCUUUAAGUCCUGAGGAGGUUCAAUCGCUAGUGUUUCUUUGCACUGAUCUACUGAAAAAGGACCUACAGUCGGUGUCCUCGGCCAUGAAACUGUUCUCUCUGCUGUCGGAUAAAGGCUUAUUAUCAGCGCAGCAGCCUGACCUGCUGGUUGAAUUGCUUGACACCAUCCAGCGUCGACCCCUCAUCCGUGAACUUAAUCUCGGUGACCUACUGCCUAUAACCAGAUCCCUAAUUUCCCCAUACAGACAUAUGCUGUAUGAUUUGUCUGAAAAUAUAACAGAAGAUGAGUUGAAGGAAAUCAAGUUCCUUUUGAAUGAUACUUUACCUCGAAGAAAACUGGAAUCUAUGACGACUUUGGAAGUCUUUCUGGAGAUGGAGCACAAGGAUUGCCUGAGCAGCUCAAAUCUGGAUCUUCUGAUUACAAUUAUUGAGAGAGUCGUUCCAAUGCUGAAGAAAAAGAUUGAUCAGUUUGUGACAGCAAGGGAGAAUAGCCCUGUGACUGAACAGACAGAAUUUGACCAGAUCAGACGUGGGUCACUUCCUGACAAUGUACCCAGACACCAGGUUCCCUAUCCGGCCCCUGAAAGACCCGCCUCAUGUGGAGAAUUCGAAUCGGUGGAACAUCUUUUGCCACCCUCCUUCUAUGGGAGUAUUUCAGCUCAGAACGUCUCACUAGAUAUGCCAAUCUUCCAAGGUUCCACCAUUGGGAGACUUUCUGAUACACUGGAGUGUCUUAGUACCAAUGAGGACAACGCAAGUGCCAACAGCCAAGGGAGCAAUGACUCUCCUGCCAUCUCCAGCAGUGCAAGCAGAAACUUUGGCCCAGGACGAUCACAGACUGGUAACACAGUUACAGAGGGUUUAGGAACGUACCCCAUGAGGAGAGGAAAGAUGGGUUUCUGCCUCAUAAUUAACAAUGAAGACUUCACCCCAUCUUCACACAACCUUAAAAACAGAGAGGGAACACUGGUUGAUGAAAAAAGCCUGAGGAGCGUGUUUGAGUGGCUCGGCUUUCAGGUCCUGACAGAGCGAGACUGUAGCCGUGCGCGCAUGCUGUCCGUGUUGCGUGACCUGGCCUCCAGGGACCACAGCCUCGUGGACUGCCUGGUGUGCUGUGUCCUGAGUCACGGCAUGGAGGGCUGUGUGUACGGGGUGGACGGCUCCACGGUGAGACUCAGGGAGAUCACCCAGCCCUUCAACGGUCUGCUGAGCUCCACGCUGAGGGAGAAACCCAAGAUGUUCUUCGUCCAGGCCUGCCAGGGCACCCUGGAACAGCAGCCGGUGCCCGUCGAGUCUGACGGCCCCCGGUCCCUCUCUGGCCCCACUGGGGACUCCCUCUGCUGUGACGCCAGGGUGCCCAGGGACUCUAUUGCCUCGGACGCUGACUUCCUGUUAGGCAUGGCUACUGUACCCGACUUUGCCUCUUUCAGAGACAGGAAAUUAGGUACCUGGUACAUACAGUCGCUAUGCCAAAACCUCGUCCAGAUGGUACCAAGCGGUGUGGACUUGGUGUCCAUCCUGACCAAGGUGAAUGAUGACGUCAGCAAGAUGACAGAUGUUUACGGUUUCAGGAAGCAGAUGCCGGAGCCUAUGUUCUCUCUCAGGAAAAGGGUGGUUUUCCCCAUUCCUGACCAACCCCCCCCCCCCCCCCCCCCCCCCCUCAAACUGAUCUGAAAAGUAAUGGUUAGCUGGUGGUUUGCCUACACUG